UGAGUGAAGAAUGAGAGGGACAGAGGAGAGGAGAAGAGAGGAGAGGAGGACUGGACCAGUUCAAACCUCUGCUCCACUUCCACCCACCGGCCCGCUGAGUCUGAACCACACCAGGGAUUAGACGAGCCGCUCACCUCGCACAGACUCCUCCGAUGCUGUUGUAGUUGCUGAAGUGAACACUAGACACAGGGCAGAGGACACGGCACAAGGACGCAAUGUCCAACAGCCAGUCAGACGGUUGCACGGGCGACCAUGCCCCUCUGAUUCUGGAGGGCCACUUAACAGAACUGCAUAUAUCUGAGCCGGGCGAUGAGGACUACCAGCCACAAAGCCCCUCCACACCCAAGUUGGAAAUAUCCCCACCCCAGGAAGAUGCAGUCGACAGGCUCGUGGUGCCUCAGCAGGUGGUUCUGAGCACCCAAAGUCCUGCAGCGCUGAAGGUUGGCACCCAUCAGCUCAUCCCCAAGAAUUUAGCGACGCCCAGCCGGCCUAAAGUCCGCCACCACACCACUGUGGUUACAUUCCCAUUGGGACUGGAGCACUCCAGCAAUGAGACCCGCAGCCGUCACUCCACCCAGGGGACAGAUGUGUCCUGGGAGGAUUAUGACAGCGAUGGAGAUGGUUUAUCUUUGAGGAGGAACCGCAGGAACAAGUCGUACAGAGCUGCAGUUACCAGCCUGGACAUCGAAGCCAUGGCCUCAGGACGAGGGGCUGAGACCACACUGAAAGCUGUCAGAGAGGACAGAGCACCCAGUCCUGGUCCAGCUCGCAGCCCUAGACGCAAGAGAACCCUGGGGAGAAAGAGGAACCAGAAACAACGUGGAUCCUUCAAAGAUGCUACGCCGCAGCUCUACCAGGAGAUCCGUGAGCGGGGGCUUCACUCCACCAACCAGGAUGAGAUGUUGGAUGACUUUGUGGUGGUGGAGCCCCCUGUGGAAGACCAGGGCAUCGUGGUGAAGAACUACAAGCCAGCAUAUCAUACCUGGAGCCAGCUACCUCAGGUGAAGGACACAGGUAUCCUGACACUGAUCUCAGCUCAGGAGAGGAAGAGACAGGAGGCCAUUUUCGAGAUAAUCACCUCGGAGUAUUCGUACCUGCACAGCCUGGGCAUACUGGUACGUCACUUCAAGGAGAGUGAAGCCCUGAGAAAAACGAUGACCACCACGGAGCACCAUCACCUCUUCUCCAACAUCUCUGUGAUCCAGAAAGUCAGCCAACGGUUUUUCGAGGACCUGGAGCGGCGUCACUAUGACAACCCAGUGAUUCGGGACAUUAGCGAUAUUGUUCAGAACCACGCUGCCCAUCACUUCGAGCCUUACAUUGUCUACUGCUCCAACGAGACCUUCCAGCAGAGGACGCUGCAGAAGCUGCUGACGAGCAACACUGCGUUCAAGGAGACGCUUAGGCAGAUUGAAGGGAGCAGUGAGUGCGGAGGCCUCCCCAUGAUCUCCUUCCUCAUCCUUCCCAUGCAGCGAGUAACCAGACUUCCACUGCUGCAGGAUACAAUCUGCCAGAAAACUCCAGACAAGACAGCGGAGUACUUUGCUGCCGUUUGGUCAUUGCACGCCAUCAGCAAGUUGGUCAGUAGCUGCAAUGAUGGAGCGAGGCGGAUGGAGAGGACAGAGCAGAUGUACACCAUCCAGAAACAUAUGGACUUUGGUAAAAUCAAGCCUUUUCCUCUGGUGUCAUCAUCGCGGUGGCUGAAGAAGCGCGGCGAGCUGGCCGUCUGCACCGAGGAGCUCAGCAUCUGGAGGGCUUUCAGCAACAGGAGUUACUACCUGUUCCUCUUCAAUGACGUGCUGAUCAUUACCAAGAAGAAGAGCGAGGAGAGCUUUGUGGUGAUGGACUACGCUACUCUGGAGAAUGUGGAGGUGGAGGUCGGAGAGGAUGCCGAGGGACGGAUGUCUCCACCUGCGAAGAACAGCUACCAUCUUUCUUUCAAACUGCUGAUGAGCAAGAACAGCGAGGGGAGAUCGGAACACAUCUCCCUGAUGGCCGAGUCCAGGGUGGACCGUGCACGUUGGAUAGUCGCUCUUACAGAGCACAAGCAGGCAGGUGCCGUCACUUCUAGAGGUGGUCUGCCACAGUACGAGGCCACUAAAGCCUACAUGCCAAAGGAGCCAGAUGAGCUGGGGCUGAAGCAGGCUGAGCUUGUUAUCGUCCUGCAGAAAGAAGAAGACUUUUGCUAUGGGGAGAGAAUGCGAGAUGGCGAGAGAGGCUGGUUUCCAGCGAGCUGUGCCAUGGAGAUCACCGACCCGACCGCCAUGGAGAACAACGUGCAACGCAUGAAGCGUCUGCGCAAAGAGACCAACGUUUAAAUGUGACUGUCAUUGACAUAAUCAUAUCACCAAGUAGAGGGGAUGGAGAAGAAAACACACCUUCCAGUAGAUUUGUGAUGCUCACCAUGUUCAGUUUUUGUUGACUGCAUUGCAGAUGAAUAACAUUGGACACAGGGAUAAUAUGAAUUACUGUUACAGUGGUUCAGAAUUCCUUUAACAGACUGAAAAGCAUUUUCUGGGAUUUAUAUGCAGUUUAAGAGGCGUUUAAUCCCAGCCUGGUGCUCCAGUGGUGUGUGUAUACAACUGAGCCAUGAAGGUUUUGAGUGUAAGUCCAGUCAGCGUCAAUGUUUCGUGUUGCCCUUUAAUGGUAAACUAUCCCAAGUAACUAUAUUAAAACAGGACUGUCAUUUUGAAUAGGAAGUUUAAUCUCCAGAGAAACUACUUCUAGUUUAGCUGUUUUUGUUCACCCACACUUAGUCCUGCAAAUGUAUCAGAAACUUGCAGGAGCAGGAUUUUUAGUGGCCAACAGGACAUUUCACUCAACUUGAGCCACAACAACCUUUUACGUUCCCGGAAACACAUCUUAACUUACAGGCAGUAGGAAACAAUCCACCACAGAUGUGGCCUUAGGUUUUAUUUCAAAUCUAGGAGCUACACAUUGUAAUUGUGCCUGCAUACUGAAUAGUAUGAGAAGCUACGUCUAGAAAUUAUCCAAGUGUUAAUCAUGUUUAAAUUUCUGUGCAUCACAUUGUGUUGGUGUCAAACAAAUUGUUGAGUUUCUUUAUAAACCAGAUUUUGCUAAACAUUUUAAAAUAUAGUUUGAAAUAGCUCACUGGGCCUUGGUUGCAUUUGGUGGAUUACUAAAAUUUACUGCAUUGUAAAAGGUUAUGUCCAAAUAUAUAAAUAAAUUAACUAAAAUACCAGUCUACUCUGUAAAUGAGCCAAUAAAUGUGGUUUGGAGCCAGUGCAAAAGAAAAAUCACAGUAGAGACAGUUUCCUGGUUUCUGGACUUUUAUUUGAGCUUGCAUUUUGUUAAAAUGUUUGAAUACAUAAAAAGUUAUUUAAAAAUGUCAAACUGACCAGAUAUCAAAUUCCAUUUUUUUCUUUAAAAACCAUUUGGUGUAAAAACUUAGGACACAUUUAGAAAAACAUUUGCUGUUUCCCCGAAACGUUUGUAGCUGUCACAUAAAAAUAAUGGAAAAAAAA